AUGUCCAUGACAUACGCACAAGUUACGACACACGCGUCUGAGCCCUCAGACCCACCCAGCACUCUCGUGCAUUCGCGAAACCUCUCCAACGUAUCGAGUGCGACGCUGCAUACAAGCACGACACUGCAUUCUCAACCUUACGAACCCCUUCUUCGCCCCAUAACACCUACACCUGCGUCGGGAGACUUCUACGACGUUGCCUCCCACCAGUCAAGAGCGUCUGACAGAAUCCUUUCUCUGCCUCGCUGGUCCCAGAGCAAUGUUAUGUCUCGAAACCCAUCAAAUGAACCGGAGAAGAAGGGGUCGUCCUCCUACGUGGAUACAAUACCUCGGAUACGCGCUCGGAGGAUACGGUGGAGCAAGAGAUUGCUAGAGACGGUCAUGGUUAUAUGGGCAAUCUACAGCACUGCACGAUACCUCCUCGCUUUUAUGAUAUAUGACAGUACAACUGGGCAAGCGUUUGCCCUUGUCAUGGGUGUCUGCACGGGCCUCUCCUUUGCGUUUACGUCUUGCGCUGUUAUUCUUUCAUUCGCGCAAAACUCUCUCGUCAUUCACGGGUUCUCUGUUCGAGCCCUCAUUUCUCUCCAAUCUACGCUGCAAUAUCUAGCUUCGUGCUGCUUUCUUGCGCCUACUAUUGCCAACUUCGUCCUCAUUUUUGUUUGGAAAAAGACCUCCGACCUGGAACUACAAACACGACACCGUUGCAGGCUCGAUGUUGAUCUGAUAUGGUCGACGACAUCGUCUCUUUGUAACCAUAAAACAUACAAAUGGGCCUCUUGGAUUACUCUCUCUGCAUUGCGCAUCGUACUCACGUUAAUUAUCAUUAUUGUUUUCCAUCUCAUUGCAUCUUCUCAACAAUUUAUGCCUGUGCGACGUAUUUCAAAGCUCGAUUAUGCCAAAAGCAAGAAAUCCCAUACCCGUCUGGAAUCGUGCCAAACGCCACUUAUGCCCUAUUUGCACCGCGACCCGAACGUCCAGCAGCAAGCGUCGGAUUCCACUUUAUCCGGCAAGUCCUCUCCUCGCAAUCGAUUGCGACCCACCCGAUCUCGAUCCUCUGGCUUGUCCGAAGAAGGCUUGCAGAGCGAAGCCCCCAGUUAUAACAACGAGAAUUUCCUGCCCAUGAACAGCAGCCAACCAGAACCUGAUCGCGAAUUGGGCGGUUUCGUUGACCGUUUCCGGCAUCUCAUUUCCCAGAUAACCCGAGAGACAGAAGAAGGCCUCGCUUUUGCCCGGUCCGACGAUUCAUCCUCAUCUCGUAACACACGAGAAUCACCUCCACCUCGAAGUUCCCCCAGUUCCUCCGAAAUAGACGUCGAAAACGCUCAUCGCCAUCCCGACUUCCACUAUGACGACGACGACGACUUCUACACUUCGUCGUCCCCAAGAGCAGUGCCUUCAGGCAACUACCACCAACUGUACCCCGAAGACGAGCAGAUCCAUAUGAUGAAUGGGAUAGUAAGGCGAAUGCCCACCAUCCAGUCGCUAGGGUCACGUGAAAUGCGUAGUAGCAUGGGUGCGUCCAGCACACACACGAAUAGAGAUCGCGCUCCAACCCGAAACACUGUCAUAUCAUGGACGGGCACCGACCUCUCUAUUGGUAGCGAACCAGCGCGCAGCAGACCCAACAGCCUUACAGCGCAGGCAGAGCUCCUCGCAGGGAUGUUCGGUAAGAUGCACGCAUCGGAGAUCGGGGAGCUGUUAAGGCGAGAGAACACGGUACGGAUGGUGGACAGCGGUAGCUUGUCGAUACCCGACGAUAUCUCGGAGGCGCUGCCCGAGUACGACUCGACGACCUCUGGGACGAGCGGAAGCAAGGCGACGACAGACUCGUUCCAUACUGCUAGCUCUGGAGGGACGCAGAACUCGAUGACCCGCGCAUUGAAGGAUGCUGUAAGGUCGCCAAUGGAGCUGCCUGCCCAUCUUCAGGUAGCUCAAGGGGAAGAUGAAGAGCCUGAAAGAUAA